GAAGUUUGAGCCUCAAGCGUUUCCGUCGCGGCCUCCGCCCGCUGAGGCAGUGAAGCGCCGCUCUCGAUUCCCCUCAGGUGUCGCUCUCUGGCCCUUUACCCUUGACUUUCUCCCCCGCCCCGCCUCCGCUUUUCCUUGCAAGCAUUAUGUCCAGCGUGCUCAAGUCUGUCGAUUACGAAGUGUUCGGUCGGGUGCAAGGUGUUUGUUUCCGAAUGUAUGCAGAAGAGAAAGCUAGGAAAGCAGGAGUAGUUGGCUGGAUUAGAAAUAGCAGUCAAGGAACAGUCACUGGCCAAGUUCAGGGCCCAGAAGAUAAAGUAAAUGAGAUGAAGGCCUGGCUGACCAGUGUCGGAAGUCCUAGCUCACGCAUCGACCGGACAAAUUUUUCGAACGAAAAAGAGAUCUCGAAACUUGACUUCACUCAUUUCAUCACAAGAUACUGAGAUGAAAACAACGCCAAGCUUAGAAUUAUCCUGCUGCCGUUGCAUGACUGUCUCCAUGUUUCCCUUGAAGUGUCAUGAUAACACUUUGGGGAGGUUUUCUUGCAUGCUAGGAAAACGUUUGCAAUUCUUGCCCUUUGCAUUUUAGUGGAAGUUGUCAGUAGAACAAAUGCAAGUAGAACAAUAUUGGGGGAGAAACAGCACUUUUUGCUCUUUCUUUAUCUACAGAGCACUUCCCAAACUGAGGCCCUCUCUACAGACUGAAAGCCAAGGAAUAAUUUAUCUCAGGGCCUUUAAAAAAAAUGUGUAAUACUAAACUGUAUUUAACAUCUCUAGUUUUCUCUAAAUAAUAGCCAUUGGGGGAUUUGUUUGCACUAGGAGGUUAUCUCCCAGGGUUAAUAAGAUGGUUACUGUGGAGCAAGAAGUCACUGGGAAGUGGGACCAGGAGCCCAUGCAUUAUUGUCCUAGUAUGGGUUCAAAUGGGAUCGCCAGAGUGGAGCAAGGGCCUCUGUUUGAACACCGCUCAAACAAAGAAACUCACUUUGAGAGGG